AUUUUCACCGCUCCUUGUCUAUCUGUCCUAAGAAUUCUCGACCCAAAUUGAAGAUUCCAUUCAACAUGGUAAGCCGAUCAUAGAAAAAAUAAAUUUUGUGCAAUGUCAUGCAACUAAAUCUUCAUCUAACUGUGAGCUCAAGGGGAUCGAUGGAUCUGCUCCGCAUCACUUUGAAGCAAAUUAGCUCGGAUCAGGUCUUCAUCCUACAGACCCGUAUAUGGAUUGAUCAGCUCAUUGACAGUUCGCAAGAUGCAGUGUCCACGACGCAAGAUCACCUUCCGUGUUUGACUGCUUGGUAACCAAUGGUCUUCCUAUAGGAGUAUUAACUUUCUCACCCGAUCCAAUUCUUCAUAUGUGGCCUCUCUUAAAAGUUUGUAAGUCUGCCACCAAACAGCACGUUCGUCUUCAACGCUGGGCGCUGCAAUAGUUUACAACGGCCCAUGUGACCAUGGAUUUGCCACCACUUUCCGCCGAACGCACUAAAAUCGGCCCAUGGAUCGCUACACCUGUGUGCUUAGAAAGCUAGCGAGUCGCAUCCAUGGUGCACUACUAGGAUCUAGCAUGUGCGUUUCACCUCAUAUUGGCUCUCCAUAUAUAGGAGGUUCUCGAUUGCUCAAGGAAGCCAUCCAUCUGCAAACAAAGCUUCUUCUACACCCAUAUAUACUCCCAUUGUACCAUAGGCUGCUGGUUUGCGUGAGUUAGAUAGAGCCGGAGCCAAAAUGAGCAAGCCUGCGAAGAUAGGGCCAUGGGGCGGAGCCGGCGGCGAUGAGAGAAAUGUCCAGGCAAUGCCCCGCCGGCUGGUUAGCGUGACCAUCCAUAGUGGAGAAGGAAUCGACGGGAUCUCCUUCACCUACGUGGGCAGCGAUUACGUCCAGUACACCGAGGGCCCGUGGGGUCGCACUCUCAACAACGAAAACACGAUUACUAUCGACCCUACCGACUAUGUCACGGAAAUCUCGGGGACCUUUGGCACAGCUUAUGACAACACCAUCGUGACGUCCCUUAAAAUUGCCACCUUCAAUGACCAAUAUCCCGUAACAUACGGUACACCUAACGGGACUCCUUUCCACAUCCCGGUGCUGAAUGGGGGUAAGGUUGUCGGCUUCUUCGGACGCUCUGGCGACUUGCUAGACGCGAUUGGGGUAUACAUACAUCCAUGAACA